GUUUUAGGAAUUGGUGGUUUUUUUGAUUACAUGUACUAUAAAUUAGACUAUAGUUCUUGGAUACAUGUACUCCAACAUACGCGUUAUUUUGGUAGAAAAUAAAAUUUCAAAUCAAGACGUCACCACUAGAGACAAUCCAAUUUUAUGUCCUUAACACAUAUAAACAUAUUCAUUCGCCGAUAAUCAUUUUACUUUUUGUAUUUCAUUAUUUUACUAAGAUACAAGUAAAGGCAAAACUUUUUAAUUAUUUUCAGUCUUUGCCUUACACUAGACCCAAUUAAGAUAACAACAUCCAAUAUCAAUUGGACAAAACAAACUCUCUAAGCUUGAAAGACUACUAAAUAAUAUUAUUAAAACAACGAGAGACUAAAAUUGAACAUGCUCAUUAGGCUUAACCGACUUCAUUAAGUUUCUUUUCGGUUAGUAUGUAAAUCAAGUUACAAGUGAGUUAUGCAGAUCUAGGGAAUAGAAAAGCCAUUCUCGUUACCAAUUUAACAAAAGAACCAUGACAUUUUAGCCACCUAAACCGAAAUUGUUUGGGUUAUCAUAUUUUUUAUUUUGUUCGACCAAAGAGGUUGGCUCAAAUUUAGAAACACUAGGUUACGGUCAAUGUUCUAACCAAAUUUAAUAUCUUCUUUAGGAAAGUGAAAGAGAAAGAAAAUCUUGGUGGAAAUCCACAGAAAAUUCAAUUAAAUUAGUGGAUGCAUAAAUCAUGGGGGAAUCUCUUUUCCAAAAGAUUCUUUGAUGGUGGAAUCUUGUAAUUCUUUAUGUUUCUUGAUUUGUUGCAUCCUCUCGUGUCCUCCUCUAAUCCUCUAAAGAUUCUGAUUCGAGAAUUUUAAAAGAAUAUUUACAAUAAAGACUGAAUAUUAGAUGUAAGAAAUGUAUACGUUUUUUGUGCCACUAACUAAUUAGUGUAUACGUUCUUUUGUCACAACUCCAAAAGUGUAUACGCUAUUUAAAUGUAGGGACUAAUAGAAUGAAAUAAGUUAAUAACACGAAAAGAUCUCAUGACAUGCAAUAUUCAUUGCGGUCUGAAUAUCAAAAAUAUAUAAAUGAUUGCAAGAAAUAUAUACCAGAAGCCAAGAAAAUGAUGAAUUAUCACAUUAAUAUCUUAAGAUAUGAUCUCUCUACGACACGACAAUAAUUGUUAUGCAUGAAGUAGAAUUCAUGGUCUAAUGCAUGAUCAAUGCUCCGUAUAUAUUAUUUAGGUGGACCCUUAGCUAGACCAUCACAUUCAUGAUUCUUACAAAAUAAUUAAAAUUUGAUAAAUCAUAGGGCAGGUUAAAAAGUGAGUCUAAAAUUACUAUAAAUCAAAUUCAAGUAGGAAUGUGGAAAUACUUUACAUUGCUUUCAAGAAGAAGGUACAUAUAUAUUUGAUAUUAAUAUGGUCAUUAUUUUUGGUUUUUCAUUAAUAAUAGUGUAGUCAUUGUUUAAGUUGAAUUGAUCUUUUAACUGUCUCUUCACUUUUUCUAUUUUUAUUGUGUUCUUUAGAGAAUGAAAAAAGAAAAUUGUUCUGCUCAGCUCAUCUUCGGAUUUGGUUCAAAAUCGUUGGGUUAAAUUAAUUUUCCAUUUUUUUUUUAUUUAAAGUUUAAACACAUGAAAUACAUGUGCAAUAUCUAAAAAACUGUUACAUGUUUUGUAACUUAAUGUGAAAAAGCUUUACUAAGCAAAGACCUACUAGGAUACUAUGACCACUCAAAAUCAGGAUCAAUUAUGGGUAUCAUAUUAUUUGGUUAUCCAUUUACCUUAUAUAAACUCAUUUAUUUGCCACCAAAAGAAAUAUCAUUUAUAGUUUUCUUCUUCUAAUUUAUGAAGCACUCAAACACAUAUACACACAUAAACACAAGGUGUAUACGUCUCUCUCUCUAUACAUAUAAACGCACUUGCAAUAUCAAGAAUCACAUUUUCCAAUAGCUUUCUUAUCAAAGUCUCUCAUAGAGUAAACCCAAAAAUCAAAAACACCAUGAACGCUUUAGCAGCAACCAACAGAAACUUCAAGCUAGCUUCUAGGCUUCUUGGUUUGGACUCAAAGCUUGAGAAAAGUCUUCUCAUUCCCUUCAGAGAAAUCAAGGUGGAAUGUACCAUACCGAAAGACGAUGGAACUCUUGCAUCAUUCAUUGGAUUCAGAGUCCAACAUGACAACGCAAGAGGUCCCAUGAAAGGUGGCAUCAGAUAUCAUCCAGAGGUGGAACCGGAUGAAGUAAACGCUUUGGCACAACUCAUGACAUGGAAAACCGCAGUGGCUAAGAUACCUUACGGUGGAGCCAAAGGAGGCAUUGGUUGUGACCCGAGCGAGCUAAGCAUCUCAGAGCUUGAACGUUUGACUCGUGUUUUCACACAGAAGAUCCAUGAUCUCAUUGGGAUUCAUACCGAUGUUCCAGCUCCUGAUAUGGGAACCGGUCCUCAGACAAUGGCGUGGAUUCUUGAUGAAUACUCGAAGUUCCACGGACACUCUCCUGCUGUUGUGACAGGAAAACCCAUUGAUCUUGGUGGAUCUUUGGGGAGAGAUGCUGCUACAGGAAGAGGAGUGUUGUUUGCAACAGAAGCUCUACUCAAUGAACAUGGAAAGAGCAUAUCUGGACAGAGAUUCGUCAUCCAGGGUUUUGGAAAUGUGGGUUCUUGGGCGGCUAAGUUGAUAAAUGAAAAAGGUGGGAAGAUUGUGGCGGUGAGCGAUGUCACAGGAGCAAUCAAGAACAAGAACGGUAUCGAUAUCUCUGGCUUGCUCGAGCAUACCGAAGAAAACAGAGGAAUCAAAGGGUUUGAUGGUGCUGAUUCCAUCGAUCCUGAUUCAGUUCUUGUUGAAGAUUGUGAUGUUCUUGUCCCUGCAGCUUUAGGAGGCGUCAUCAACAGGGAGAAUGCAAAUGAGAUUAAAGCAAAGUUCAUCAUAGAAGGUGCUAAUCAUCCAACUGAUCCUGAGGCUGACGAGAUACUGAGGAAGAAAGGUGUUGUGAUCCUCCCAGAUAUAUACGCAAACUCGGGAGGAGUUACUGUAAGUUACUUCGAGUGGGUGCAGAACAUACAAGGAUUCAUGUGGGAAGAAGAAAAGGUGAACAAGGAGCUACAAAACUACAUGACUCGCGGCUUCAAAGAUUUAAAAGAGAUGUGUAAGACACAUUCAUGUGAUCUCCGUAUGGGAGCUUUCACCCUUGGUGUCAACCGUGUGGCUCAAGCUACCGUUAUCAGAGGUUGGGGAUCUUGAAAUACUCAUAUGCAAGUUCAAUGAUAAUAACUCAUAUAAUCCUUUUGUUUCAUGCAAGUUCAUUCAGUUUCACAGUAAUAAAAUUGCAAUGUAAUCUUUAAAUUUUUUCAUCAAUAGAAGCUAAUUAAAGCAAA